AUGGAUCUAUCACCUUCUCUGAUGGUUCUAUCACACUCUCAUGAUGGUUCUAUCACCUUUCAUGAUGGUUCUAUCACCUCUACUGAUGGUUCUAUCACCUUCUCUGAUGGUUCUAUCACCUCAACUGAUGGUUCUAUCACCUCCCCUGAUGGUUUUAUCACCUCCUCUGAUGGUUCUAUCACCUUCUCUCAUGGUUCUAUCACCUCCCCUGAUGGUUCUACCACCUCCUCUCAUGGUUCUAUCACCUCUACUGAUGGUUCUAUCACCUCUACUGAUGGUUCUAUCACCUCUCCUGAUGGUUCUAUCACCUCCCCUGAUGGUUGUAUCACAUCCCCUGAUGGUUCUACCACCUCCUCUCAUGGUUCUAUCACCUUCUCUGAUGGUUCUAUCACCUUCUCUGAUGGUUCUAUCACCUCAACUGAUGGUUCUAUCACCUCUCCUGAUGGUUCUAUCACCUCUACUGAUGGUUAUAUCACCUCUCCUGAUGGUUCUAUCACUUCUCCUGAUGGUUCUACCACCUCCUCUCAUGGUUCUAUCACCUCUACUGAUGGUUCUAUCACCUCCCCUGAUGGUUCUAUCACCUCCCCUGAUGGUUCUAUCACCUCCCCUGAUGGUUCUAUCACCUCCCCUGAUGGUUCUAUCACCUCUCCUGAUGGUUCUAUCACCUCAACUGAUGGUUCUAUCACCUCCCCUGAUGGUUCGAUCACCUCCCCUGAUGGUUCUAUCACCUCUCCUGAUGGUUCUAACACCUUCCCUGAUGGUUCUAUCGCCUCCCCUGAUGGUUCUAUCGCCUCCCCUGAUGGUUCUAUCACCUCCUCUGAUGGUUCUAUCACCUUCUCUGAUGGUUCUAUCACCUCAUCUGGUAGUUCUAUCACCUUCCUUGGAGGUUCUAUCACCCCUGAGAGCUUCACCACACCUCUAGGAGCGCCAUUACUCCCUGAAGGCUUCACCCCCUCACACAUGGCGUUGUUUUUCCACCCCGAGACUUCUACUCACAUUAAAGGGUCUACCAUUACCCUUAGUCACUCCUCUAAGUCACCCCUUGAGGUGCCACCAGCCCCUGUUACUCCCUCAGGGCCACACCACAAGUAA